CUAUUAUCCUUUAAGUUAGUUACACUGUUAUCUUUCAGCACCACUGAAGCUAGAGAAGACCCGGCAUGCCAGUAAUUCCAUUUCUUAUCCACUACAUGGCGCCGUGUUUACAACAGGAGGCGUUUAUCAAACUUACAAGAACGCCAUAUCCGGCUGAUGGUUGGGAUUUGUUUGUUUUUAUUUUUGCUAGCAAGCGGUUCAGUCUGUCAGCACCGGCCAGCGGCACGUUCAGAUCAGAAUAAUAUGAUAAUAAAUAGAUGUCAGCUGUAACGGACCGAUCUGCCGGCUGCUGUAAAGUCCGAUAAUGGUCUUGUGUCUGUGAGACAGCGCGAAGUGUCCUCACUGUAGCUAAUUAAAAGCUGUAAAAUCGAUUAGCCUGACGGCGUUGUGUUUGUGUGCCGUUGACAGCUCGCUAGCUCGCUAAUAGAGGCGCGAUUGAUGCGAGCUGUACACCGAGCUAAAAAACCUGCUAGCUAGCCAGCCAGCUCCCUGCCUGGACUGGAGACGAGGAACACCGCUUGCUAGGCUAGCUGGGUUAGCCCACCAAGGACCACCUCCUCCUUAAACCCUAAUCGGCGCUGCCAUCGCCUUUACUUAAAGCUGACAUUUUUCCCGUGUCUUCCUAACAAUGGGAAACGCCGCUGCGGCCAAGAAAGGCAACGAAUUAGAAAGCGUGAAAGAAUUUUUAGCCAAAGCCAAAGAGGAUUUCUUGAGAAAAUGGGAGUGUCCUCCACAGAGCACAACAUGCCUUGAUGACUUUGAAAGACUGAAAACUCUUGGUACGGGCUCUUUUGGAAGAGUUAUGUUAGUGAAGCAUAAAGCAACAGAGCAGUACUACGCUAUGAAGAUCUUGGACAAGCAGAAAGUGGUGAAGCUGAAACAAAUAGAACACACGUUAAACGAGAAGAGAAUAUUGCAAGCAGUCUCUUUCCCUUUCCUCGUCAGAUUGGAGUAUGCUUUCAAGGACAACUCAAACCUGUAUAUGGUUAUGGAGUAUGUCCCUGGUGGAGAGAUGUUUUCACAUCUUAGACGAAUUGGAAGAUUCAGCGAGCACCAUGCGAGGUUCUACGCAGCUCAGAUUGUACUCACGUUUGAGUACCUCCACUCUCUAGACCUCAUCUACAGAGACCUGAAGCCUGAGAACCUCCUCAUUGAUCAGCAUGGAUACAUCCAGGUCACAGAUUUUGGCUUUGCAAAAAGAGUAAAAGGCAGAACCUGGACGUUGUGCGGGACACCAGAAUACCUGGCUCCAGAGAUUAUCCUUAGCAAGGGUUACAAUAAGGCUGUUGAUUGGUGGGCCCUUGGUGUUCUUAUCUAUGAAAUGGCAGCAGGCUACCCACCCUUUUUCGCUGACCAGCCCAUCCAGAUUUAUGAGAAAAUUGUCUCUGGAAAGGUGCGAUUCCCCUCUCACUUCAGUUCAGAUCUAAAAGACCUGCUGAGGAAUCUGCUUCAGGUUGACCUCACAAAGCGCUUUGGCAAUCUAAAGAAUGGGGUCAAUGACAUAAAGAACCACAAGUGGUUUGCUACGACAGAUUGGAUUGCCAUAUAUGAGAGAAAGGUGGAGGCGCCCAUCAUACCAAAGUGCAGAGGGCCGGGCGACACGAGCAACUUCGACGACUACGAGGAGGAGGAGAUCCGGAUCUCGGACACAGAAAAGUGUGCGAAGGAGUUCUUGGAGUUUUAGUGGGAGGAGGGUUCUCAUAGGGCUCUUACAUUUUGGGAUAUAUAUUUUUUUUCCUCCUUUAUUUUGCACUCCUUUGAAAGGUGAGAGUGAAGCUAUGACCAUCAUAUGUGUUUUAACCUGUUUCACGUUUCUUCAUUCCAUGAGGCUGAGGGGAGAGAUUGAAGAGUGCCGUGUUCCUCUGCGUGCAGGGCUGCACUAAACCUAUACAUAGGCACGACAUGCAGUUUCUCUUUCGGGCUGCGACACCAAGCACCAGACCACACUGUUUAGUCUUUUUCUGUUCUGUUUCAGAAUAUAUCAUCAUUUUCUAGAAUGAUGUGUUCUUCCUGUUGUUGCUGUUGUUAUUUUUAAUAUUAUUGUUAUUAUUAUGAUUGUUAUAUUAUGGUUUUUUUUUUGUUUUUUUUUUUUAUAUAUUUAUGAAAAGGGAAGAGGCCAGUUACUCUUAUAUUUGUGGUGAAGCAAAUAUUUUCUUUUUAGUCUGUGAUCAUGCACUUUUUUAAGGAUUGGUGCUGCUUGUUCUUGCCAGCAACAUCUUUUGUCUGUUACAUGUUAAUUCAAUUUUUAUGCUUCACACUGUCUUUGACGUAUCACAACCCGUAGAGUGUGUGUGUGCGUGCGUGCGUGAUCUUUCUGUGUCUGCAGAUACAUGGGAAGGUGUGUGUGUGUGUGUGUGUGUGUGUGUGUGUGUGUUUACAUGUGUAAAGCAUAAAAAUUGUUGAAAGCAUGAUUUUUGUUUUUGUUUACUUUUUACUUUUUUAUGAAGGAAUUUUCAGUUACACAGGUACACAAUAUCAGCCAGAGUGCGCGCACACACAGCAAAUCCCUGACUGCUCAACCAAUACAUAUCGCUAAAAUGUUAUCGUUUAUUUCAUUUUUUAAGCACACUGUGCUUUUGGGUUCAGAUGUUUAAUUACUUAGAAAUGUUUAUUUCCAGUAAAAAAUGAAUACACCAGCAUGAAAACGACAGGCUGUUACUCUGUGAGGUCAUGUCAUCUAGUUUAAGUGCUACAGCUUAAUUCAUUGUUUUGAUUCUGCAAAAAAUAGAUAAAGGACUCUCCCAAAAAUUACGGGCCACAUUAUCUACAGUUUGUUUUAGGAGGAAUUCUGGAUCUCAGACACAGAAAAGAGUGUUAGGGUCACUCUAAAGAAACGUCCAGUUUUGGAAUAGCAAAAUGUUUAAUUUUUUUUCUAACAUAUACACUGGGAGUGUUUAUAGUAUAACUAAUUGGCUGUAUGAAUAUGCUUAAUAACAGCUUUUAACAUUUUUAUGUAUAUAUUUUUUUUAAACCUUUUUUGUGCAUUUGGGGGUACCAAAGAAUGGUAACACCAGUGACAGUUUUCAUGGAUGCAACUGGCUUUCAAACCACAUGUGGUCAGUCAUGAUAUAUCUGCUAAAAUAUGUAAUUGAAUCUAAUUUAAAAUUAUUAUUAUUUUUUUUUUUUUAGAGUUCCCUAAAAUAAAGUACUGGUAGGUCGCACCAGUUACAUUAACACCAGAGCCAUUUAUCAUUAAACGUACAUUUUACAAAAUGGCUGCAACUGACCAUCCAACCAUGUUGUCAGCCAUGGUAUAUCUGCUUAAAUGUGUUAAUUAAUCUAGUUGUUUUCUGUUUUUAUAGUUUCCCUAUCAAAAAAAGUAUGUCACACUUGCAACUUUAUAUGAAAUGAGAACAUUUCAGAUAACUGAAAAAGGGACAGUGGCCUUUUUUUUUUUUUUUCCUAAUAGAUCUUUAGAAAUUACACAAACAAGCUUAAGUUAUGCAACACAACACUAGUGACAACUUCUGGGGACUACAGCUUCCCUUUUAUAUUUUAAUAAAUGUAUUUGGCAUUUGCUUUUAUUAUAUAUAUAUAUAUAUAUAUUUGCUGUCAUAUAAAUCAUACAUUUCAGUCAUCUGUAGAUUAUUACAGUUAAAAGGGUUGAAAAACACUUUGAAAAAUAUUAAAAAAACAAAUGUUGUUAAAUUGGUUGCAUACAAAGGUUUAAUUGUUAAAAUAACUUCUUGUUAUUUUUCAAAUUGUAAACUCAAUUUAAUCUUAACCUGUUUUUCAAGUUUAAUAUAUCUGUAUAGGCUAGGGGCACAAAAAUGGACGUUUCUAUAAAAUGACCCAUUAAACAAUUUCCAAAACAUAAAACAAAAAUGAUUCUUAACUGUUAACAGUUAGCACUGCCCCAAACUGGAAUAGUGUCUUAACUUACAUACAUAACUAACUAACUAACAAAAAAUAUGGUCUGAAUUACCUACUUUAUUUAUAUAUAUAUAUAUAUAUAUAUAUAUAUA